AAUAUCCCAAAAACUUUGCGUAAAAAGUUUCUUAACUCCUUUUGUUCCCAACUUUGGGGCGGGAGACAAGAAAUCGCUUCACAUCAGUUUUUAUGUGAAGUUUGAUUCAUUGAUCUCUCUCACUUUGUUCGAUCUCUGCAAUUCAGCAGGGGUAUACAGAGUGAUAUUAUUUGUAUGCAAUGGGAUAUAUUGGGGCUCAUGGUGUUGCUGCACUGCAUAGAUACAAGUACAGUGGAGUGGAUAAUUCUUAUGUUGCUAAAUAUGUAUUGCAACCCUUUUGGAGUCGCUUCGUUAAUUUCUUCCCACUUUGGAUGCCACCCAAUAUGAUUACACUUACAGGAUUCAUGUUCUUGGUCCUAUCUGCAUUGCUUGGCUAUAUAUAUUCACCUCAUUUGGAUUCGGCUCCACCAAGAUGGGUUCAUUUGGCACAUGGAUUACUUCUCUUCUUAUAUCAGACUUUUGAUGCUGUUGACGGGAAGCAAGCAAGACGAACAAAUUCAUCUAGUCCAUUGGGGGAGCUUUUUGAUCAUGGAUGUGAUGCUCUUGCAUGUGCGUUUGAGGCCAUGGCCUUUGGGAGCACUGCCAUGUGUGGAAGAAGUACUUUCUGGUUUUGGGUGAUCUCAGCUGUUCCAUUUUUUGGUGCAACAUGGGAACAUUAUUUCACCAAUACCCUUAUACUUCCAGCGGUAAAUGGACCUACAGAGGGCCUCAUGCUGAUAUACAUGGCACAUUUCUUCACUGCUAUAGUUGGUGCUGAGUGGUGGGCUCAAAAUUUUGGAAAGUCUCUGCCCUUUUUUAGCUGGGUUCCAUUUGUACAUGAAAUCCCAACAUUCAGAGCUGCGUUGUUUUUAAUGAUAGCUUUUGCUGUUAUACCAACCAUCUCAUUCAAUAUUUACAACGUUUAUAAGGUUGUUCAGGCAAGGAAAGGAAGCAUGCUUCUUGCAUUGGCAAUGCUUUAUCCAUUUGCUGUCCUCUUGGGAGGAAUCCUUGUGUGGGAUUAUUUGUCUCCAUAUGAUAUAACGGGGAACUAUCCACAUCUAGUUGUAUUGGGAACAGGACUUGCAUUUGGGUUCCUUGUGGGAAGGAUGAUUCUGGCUCACUUGUGUGAUGAACCCAAGGGCUUAAAGACUAAUAUGUGUAUGUCUCUGUUGUGUCUCCCUUUUGCCAUUGCAAAUGCUCUCACUGCCAGACUGAAUGAUGGAAUUCCUGUAGUUGAUGAGAGGUCGGUUCUCCUUGCUUACUGUGUAUACACAGGGGGACUAUAUCUGCACUUUGCAACAUCGGUCAUUCACGAAAUAACUACAGCCUUGGGAAUCAACUGUUUCAGGAUAACUAGGAAAGAAGCUUGAGAUGUGCUAACGUUGUAUUCCGGUUGGCAAGGCAGGAACAGUGCUACAACAUUUUGGUCUCUCUUGGCUACAUAUAUAUAUAUAUAUAUAUAUAUAUAGUCAAAGCAUAAAUUUAAAAGUUAAUACCUGGGUCUAGUGCACAAGAGCCAGUUCAAAUUUUCAUUGUUGUAAUUCAUCGCAUGGCUUUAAACAUUGUAGGAGGUGAUCUGAGAUGUCACUUCUCCAAUUUUUAAUAUUAGUAAUUUAUUAUCUUGCUGAUGUGUUAGAGAGGAGAUAUACUUGAAUUGUUAACUUUAUAUAUAUAUAUAUAUUAUAUAGGAUUUGAUA